AUGCAAGAACUUGAAAAAUAUGUUUAUGAAGGUUGGCCUGACAGCAAAACUCAGCUUCCAGAAAAGCUCAAGCCUUAUUGGCAAAACAGAGAAAAAGUUCAUGAAGAUAAUGGCAUAUUAUUUUGUGAAUCAGGAGCUAUAAUUCCUGUUAAACUAAGAGAAAUAAUGCUGAAGAAAUUACAUCUCGGUCACCUCGGCAUAUCUAAAACCAACUCACUUGCAAUUGAAACGGUUUACUGGCCAGGACUCUACAAGGACAUCUCAGACAUGAUUCAUGCCUGUAAAAUCUGUGCAACUUUCCAGCCCCUAAAGAAGAAAGAAAGAAUGGCACUUCGAGACAUUCCCACAAGGGCAUGGUCUCAUUUGGCAGCUGAUAUUCUGCACUUUGGAGGCACAGACUAUCUGGUUGUUCAAGAUGUUUACUCAAAAUUGCUUGAAAUCCUGAAACUGUAG